ACUUUUUUCGCGGUCAUUGCUGUCCCUCGAUUCAAGUUUCUGUUUUUGUUCCCCACAGACAGAGGUUUUUCGGUUCCAAUAUGGCUAUAGAUUUGUGCUCUGAGAUUUCCAGCGCGGGAAUCAGCCCACGAAUCUCUUUCUCGCAUGAUCUGAAGAACACUAAGGAUGAUGACGAUGAUCCACUUGAAGAUCACCGUCGCCGGCGAUCGGACUUGUGCCUGUUGGACUCCAGCUCCGACUUUGUGUUCUGCAUUUCCAAUCAUGUGUUGUCUCAAGAACUGUCCUCUGCCGAUGAGCUUUUCUCCAAUGGCAAGAUCGUGCCGAUGGAAAUUAAGAAACCGAAAUCUCCAAAUGCUUCUUCUUCUUCUUGUUACAGUGAGAUUCAUCCAUUUUCAGAGUCUGGUGUUUGUCCUCGUUCUGAAACUUCCAGCACUGGGUGUACGGAGAAGAAGAAGAGACUCGUAGAGUUCUUAAAUGAAGAAGAAAAGCCUCCAUCGAGAUCUUUCUGGCAAUUCAAGCGAAGCAGCAGUUUGAAUUGUGAAGCCACACGCGGGAAGAGCUUGAUUCGAUCGUUACAGUUUCUAUCGCGAAGCAAAUCCACUGGUUCAUCCCUAAAUCCAAAACAAUCUGAGAUUCCGAAGGAAACACAGAAACAGAGGUUGCAGAAACAGUCCUCUGUUUCAAGCAGAAGGCCAUCAUCAUCGUCAUCUUCAUCUUCAUCUGCAUUUUAUUUCUAUAGCUCGUCUCGGAAUCCUCCUUCUUUAAAUAAGAAAUGUGGAUCUUCUGGCAAUGGGGUUCGAAUCAGUCCUGUGUUGAAUCUACCGCAAGCGUAUAUUCCCAAAGCAUAUGUGGGUUUCUUUGGAUUUGGUUCACUUUUCUGUAAUGGGAAGAUCAAAAGGAAGAACAAGUAGAAGUUUUUGUACAUUUUUUUCAUUACUAUCCUUUUUUCCCAGUUCUUCUUCUUCGUGAUCAAAUCCUCACCUGCAAACAGGUUCUACUUCCA